AUGUUAACUUUGUCGCAAGCAAAAAAAGAUUUACAAUUUAAUAAUUUAUACGCCGUAGAUACAACAAAAAUUUCUUUUGAAGACAGUUUGGUUGUUAAAAAAAUUAAGCUUACCUUUUAUGACAGGCACAAAAUUGAAUCGAAGCUAAUCUCACGUACAAUUCCAGGAAUUUUAAAUGAAAUGAAAAAGCAAAAAAUAUCAAAUCAUAAGUAUAUGAUUAUAGAAAUUAACUUAAAUUUUAUUGUUCAAGUUUUGAUUUACAUACAAGAUUUUAAAGUUUGUGUUAAAAAUCAUAGUUUUUUAUGUGUAAAAUUUAUUGAUAAUAUGCGAUUUCUAAAAGUAAUAGCCAAGAACAUUUCUGAAAGCAUUGAAUUUAAUAAAAUGCUUUACUUGAUUGAAAGCGAGCUAUAUGAAGAGUUACAAAUACCUUAUUCAACAGAUUAUCUAUUAAGAAGACAUCUUAAUGGUUUAAAAAGCCAAAUACAUGAUUAUGCAGAAAAUCUAAGUAACUUAACUACGCUUUUAGAUAAAUUUGAAAUUAUUAUAUAA